GGGCCACGCUAGGCCGGAGCGGUGACAAACGCGGCACCCUGCAGGCCGCGACCAAGCGGCAGCUGGGACGGCAGCCCCGCGGGUACCGCUCUGUCCCGCAGCGCCCUGUGCCGCCGGAGAAGAGCGGCCGGACUCCUGCCGUCAUGUUUUCAAACGAGUAGUUUUCCCCUGUAGCGGGAUCGCUAAAAGAAGCACGGAGACGUACGCGUGUCGGUCUGGCUGUCACACUCAGAGUUUAUUACAGGUGUACGGGGAAAGGCCGGGCCCUUCGCGCUCCCCUUCACUUCGGCCAGGGGAAACCGCACUCCUUCCACCGCCGCCGCUAGCGGCUUUGCUACGGGAACCCUCAGGAGGCGCUGGGGCAGGUGACGCCCUCCUGUUACUUCCCAUGGGCAUGUGACGGCUCCGAGACGCCGCCUGCGCUCGCCUGGCAGCGGCCAGGACUAGCCGGCUACUCCUGCUGCCGCCCCGCGCUCCCGGCCCCCUCCGCCGCCGCCCUCCCUGGCCCGUGCCCAGGGUGGCCGCCCGCCGCCUGGUUGGCUGCGGUUGGCGUGGCUGCCCUCCGGUUGGCUGGUCGGUGGGAGGUGUGCGGGGCGUGGGGGCUGCCUCUUCCCGAAGUAAGAUGGCGGCCGUGACCGCUCUGAGGAGCAGCUGUCGAGCUGCGGGGCGCCUGGUUUGCAUUCACCGUGUUAGAUCGUGCAGCAGCAUUCGCUUUAUAAAAUCAAAAUAUGUGUGCGUGUUUGACAAAUCUACCCUCAAGUUUAGUCAUCAACAACGAUUAUUCAGAACAUCUGCUGUUUCGUGUGGCCAAAUUGUCCAGUUUAAGCUUUCUGACAUUGGAGAAGGGAUUACAGAGGUGACUGUAAAAGAAUGGUAUAUAAAAGAAGGCGAUAGCGUGUCUCAGUUUGAUAGCAUCUGUGAAGUACAAAGUGAUAAAGCCUCCGUUACUAUUACUAGUCGUUAUGAUGGCAUCAUUAGAAAACUCCAUUACAAUUUAGAUGAAAUUGCUUAUGUUGGAAAACCAUUAGUGGACAUUGAAAUCGAUGCUUCAAAAGGUCUUGCCCCAGAGGAAGAUGUUGUUGAAACACCUCCUAUGUCUCAUGAAGAGCACACUCACCAAGAGAUAAAAGGUCACAAAACAUUAGCAACCCCUGCAGUUCGUCGUCUUGCCAUGGAGAACAAUAUUAAAUUGAGUGAAGUUGUUGGAACAGGGAAAGAUAACAGAAUCCUUAAAGAAGACAUACUCAAUUACUUGGCCAAACAAACAGGAGCUAUUUUACCUCCAUCACCAAAGGCUGAAAUUAUCCCACCUUUGCCAAAAUCAGAGACUGUACCAGCUGCUCCAAAGGACAAAGCACGUAAAGUUCCUGUACCUGUUUCUAGACCUAUUGUGUUUUCAGGAAAAGAUAAAACUGAACCUAUAACAGGUUUUCACAAGGCAAUGGUAAAGACUAUGAGUGCAGCCCUGAAGAUACCCCACUUUGGUUAUUGUGAUGAGAUUGAUUUGACUCAGCUUGUUCAGUUGCGAGAAGAGCUGAAACCUCUAGCACAAAUUCGUGGAAUUAAGCUUUCCUUUAUGCCUUUCUUCAUAAAGGCAGCCUCUCUGGGAUUAUUGCAGUAUCCCAUUCUUAAUGCUUCUUUGGAUGAAAGCUGUCAAAAUGUCACAUAUAAGGCUUCGCACAACAUUGGAGUUGCUAUGGACACAGAGCAAGGUUUAAUUGUUCCAAAUGUGAAAAAUGUUCAAGUCUGUAGUGUGUUUGAGAUUGCUUCUGAAUUAAAUCGCCUACAGUCCUUGGGUUCUGCAGGCCAACUGGGAACAAGUGACCUCACUGGGGGAACAUUCACCCUUUCAAAUAUUGGCACAAUUGGUGGCACUUACACCAAACCAGUGAUACUACCUCCUGAAGUAGCUAUUGGAGCACUUGGAAAGAUACAGGUUCUUCCUCGGUUUAAUGGAAAAGGUGAAGUAUUUAAAGCACAGAUAAUGAAUAAAGCAUCUGUCUGUUUAAAAAAAAGAAAAAAAAAAAGGAGGAUCUCAUUUAUUAUUCUGUCAUUAGAUAGAUCAAAAACUGCCUUUACAGGAGCAUUCUCCAGAAUUGUAGACCAAAGUUGUCUAUUGUUAUUUAGCUGCGAAGAUGUGAGAUGCAAGCUACCAGAGGUAGAAUCUCUGCUAUCCUUGAUGCUGAGACUGAGCAAGAGGAAAGCUGAACCUAGUGUACUCAAGACUACCAAAAGACCACAGCCUAAUGGCUACUUUCCUACAAGUGUAUUGUUAUGGGCUACAAGAAGAUUCAGAGAGAGAUCUGAAGAAUUUAAAAAACCUUUUCUUAAAGCUGAUACAUGCGCUGAUGCAUUGAGCCUGAAAUUCAGUCAGAUUCUUGUGACUGAAUCUGAACAUGUAAGGAUCAUGACUGAAACUGCAGUUUGCGUUGGAACAUUCACUGCUGUGAAGGCACUUUGGGAAGUGAGAAUACACAAGAUAAAUGAAGAAUUACAGAAAGAAAAGGAAUUCAGACAGAGGUCUGCAGGAAGGCUACUACUUGUCUGGGAGGAGAGAGCUGCUUUAGCAAAGCUCAAAGAAAAAGUUAUUAAUGAAGAAGGAAGAGCAAUUUUAAGGAUAGAGGAAGAAGAAUGGAAGACACUACCUUCGUGCUUAUUGAAACUAGUUCAUCUCCAGGAAUGGCAGCUUCAUAGAACUAGUUUGCAGAAAAUUCCUCAGUUCAUUGGAAGAUUUCGCAAUCUUCUUGUUCUGGAUCUAUCCCGGAACUCAAUUGAAAGUAUACCUAAAGAAAUUGGCCAGCUGACUAGCCUCCAAGAGCUGCUUCUCAGUUACAAUAGAAUAAAGUCUGUUCCUAUGGAAAUAAGUAACUGCGUCAGUCUGGAAAGAUUGGAACUGGCUGUCAACAGGAGUAUCUGUGAUCUUCCUCUUCAGCUCAGUGAUUUAAAGAAGCUUUCACACAUAGAUUUGUGCAUGAAUCAGUUUACUACCAUCCCUUCAGCUCUUCUCAACAUGCCAAAUCUAGAAUGGCUAGAUAUGGGGGGAAAUAAACUCCAGGAGCUUCCUGAUGCAAUUGACAGAAUGGGAAAUCUCCACACUUUAUGGCUCCAAAGGAAUGAGAUAAGCUCUUUGCCAGAAACCAUUGGUAAUAUGAAAAAUCUUAGUACUCUUGUUCUUAGCAACAACAAACUUAAGGAUAUUCCAGCUUGUAUGAAGGACAUGACAAAUCUGAGAUUUGUCAACUUCAGAGACAACCCACUGGAGUUAGAGGUAACACUCCCUCCAUGUGAGAAUACAGAAGAGGAGGAGCAACAGGAAAUGUUUGGCAUUGAAUUCAUGCACAUGUAUAUCCAGGAGUCACUCAAGAAAACAGGAAAUCUGGAAAGUUGUACUUCUGGUCCUUCUCCUAUCAUAAAUGCUGAUGAAUAAAGAAUGUAACCAUGAAUGGAAGAAAAUAUCAAGUAUACUUCCUAACAAAGAGGCAUACAACAGGUUUCAGAUAUUCUUAGGGAUUUUAUUUUUCCACUGAUGAGAACUGGUUUGCAUAUUUGUAAUUCUCAGUGAAACUGGGAAAUAUAAGACCUUUUCCUGAGUAUAGGAAAGACUAAACCAGGGUUUUUUUCCACAAGCAAUUAAUUAGCUUUUUAAAAAAUCCAGAUAUGUUUUAUAGGGUUUUUUCUCCUAC